AUGUUCCGGAUCCCGACGACUUUGUUCCUGCUUUCUAUCCAUCUCAUCCAAUACUGUGCGGCACAGCAAGUCUCCUGCACUGACUUGAUCUCUCAAGCCGGUGACUCCUCGAGCUUGGCCAUUACCAACGCGACUCAGGUAGGACCGCAGACGCUCAGCUUUGCACUGCUCGGGCCUUCCACCAACGAAGUCCCACUAUGUCGCGUUCAGGGCAUUGUGAGAUAUGCAUUGAACAAGUCUGAAGGGAUAGAACUUUGGUUGCCGCCUCCAUCGCUGUGGAACGGGCGGUAUCUGGUUGUUGGAACCGCGGUUUUCGGAGGCAUCAUCGACUAUGGAACUAUGCUGCAGCAAGUCAAUGCCGGCUAUGCAGUGGCCGGCGGCGACUCUGGACAUUUAUUGUCAACUAACGGUAACGGCCUCAGCAUGCCUGGACAAAGUAUCCCGUUCUUGCAAGACCCCGACGAAACGACCGAGUGGAUUCACAAUUCCGUGGCAUCGAUGACGCCGCCGACAAGGGCCCUAACAGAAAUCUUUUACGGAAAGCGUCCGUCCUAUUCCUAUUACUCGGGCUGCUCGACCGGCGGUGCACAAGGCUUUGCCCUUGCCCAGUAUCAUCCAGAGCUUUUUGACGGGAUAUUUGCUGGGUCUCCGGGUAACUGGUACAGCCAUUUGAUUCUUAGCUUUCUGUGGAAUUAUCUCAACGCGCAAAGAGCCUUUCUGGACCAGGACACUCUCAAUCUCAUCACAAACGCGACUUUAAAGAAAUGCGACGACCUCGACGGUCUCAUGGAUGGCGUUAUUGGAGAUCCGCUAAAUUGCCACUUCAAUAUCUCGGAAAUUGAGUGCACGGCAGGACAAGCACGCAACAACAGUCAUGGGAUCCAGUGUGUCACGUCUGCAGAAGUGGCCACUUAUCAAGCAAUCCGGGCCGGUCCGAGGGAGGCUGGCACUGGCCGAGAGGUGUAUCCAGGAUUCGACUUCGGGUCUGAGAGCUCAUGGCUUCCUCAAGAAGCGGAGCUGGCUCUCAAUGUCACCGUCCCCAUACUACAAAACUUGGUUUUCAAGAAUUUGUCAUACGACUACACCUCGUUCAAUUUUACCUCUGCCGAGCUGAAGGCUAUCGAUUCCAAAGCUUCACCCCUGAUCGAUUCUGUUUCUCCCGACCUUCGCGCGUACAAGAACAGAGGCAAGCUGAUCGUCACCCAAGGCUGGGCGGAUGCAACCAAUGCAGCAACAUGGCCAAUGCAGCAGUUUGAGCAGACAAACGCGUUUCUCUCAUCGAAUAGCAUCGCAGCCGGCAAUGCUUCAGAUUUCUAUCGAUUGUUCAUGAUUCCAGGGUAUGGCCACUGUGGUCCAGCAGCUGCCUAUCCGCAGGUACCUGGUACGGUCGCCACUUUGGCCGCGCUGGUGUCCUGGGUCGAGAAAGGCAUUGCACCUGUUGAAAUUCAAAGCACAGGUCCCGCUGAUGGGACUAAUCGGACCAGAAAGCUGUGUGCUUGGCCCCUGACUGCGAGGUAUGUCGGGAAGGAUCCAGACGAUUGGGAAUCUUUCCAGUGCGUCGAGUAG